UCACUCCCACUUCCUUCCUCAACAAUGGGCGACAGCUACACAGUCCCCGACCGAUCAAUCCGUAUCUGCGCCGACCGCGGCGGUACAUUCUGCGACGUCCACGCAUCCUAUCCCGACCCUCAGCACCCUUCUACCCGAAAAGAACUCGUCGUCAAGCUCCUCUCUGUCGAUAGUGGCUACCCUGAUGCUCCCACAGAGGGGAUCCGCCGAGUGCUGGAACACGUCGAAGGACGCUCGAUCCCCCGAGGCCAGGUGCUCAACACGGAUAAGAUCGACUAUAUCCGAUUAUCCACCACCGUCGCGACGAACGCGCUCCUCGAAAGGAAAGGACAGAAACACGCGCUAGUCAUCACCCAUGGAUUCCGGGAUUUGCUGCUCAUCGGCACCCAGGCCCGCCCGAAGAUAUUCGACUUGGCUAUCAAGCGCCCCUCGCCGCUGUAUACCGCUGUGCUGGAAGUAGAUGAGCGGGUCACCCUGGUGGGGUAUACGAGCGACCCGGAGUCUGCAGAGAACAGCGUCAAGUUUGACCGGGAGGGUAAGGUCGUAGGAGGGAAGAUGGAUGACGUCGGCCCUGGAGAGGAAGUAGUCCAGGGUCUGUCGGGGGAAGCAGUGCGUAUCCUGCGCCGUCCCGACCCGUCAAAGAUCCUACAAGACCUGCGUUCCCUCCGCUCCCAGGGGUAUACAUCGCUCGCUGUCGUGCUCGUGCACAGCUACACCUUCCCAGCGCACGAGCUACUCGUUGGCCAACUGGCGCAGGAAGCGGGGUUCGAACACGUGAGCCUGAGCAGCCAGCUACUGCCGAUGAUCAAGCUCGUCCCGAGGGGUAUAUCCUGUACGGCCGAUGCGUACCUUACGCCUAUCCUCCAGUCGUACCUGGACGGGUUCUUCAAGGGGUUCGACUCGAAAUUGCGGGGUCAUCCUCAUUCCUCCUCACCCUCCGCCUCACCCUCCCACUCGCAAUCCGAAUCCGAAUCCCGAUCUCGACCCCAAGAUCAAGACCAGCUCCAGCUCCCAGCUCAAGGACCCCGCGUAGAGUUCAUGUCCUCCGACGGCGGACUGCUAGACCUAGAGAACUUCAAUGGUCUGAAGAGUAUCCUCAGUGGGCCGGCGGGCGGAGUUGUAGGUUAUGCACUGACGAGCUGGGACGAGGAGGAGAAGGUGUCGGUUAUUGGGAUCGACGUGGGCGGCACAUCAACCGACGUCUCCCGUUUCGCCGGCCGGUACGAAACAGUGUACGAAACCACCACCGCGGGGAUAACGAUCCAGUCUCCUCAACUGGACAUCAACACCGUCGCAGCCGGCGGGGGCUCCUGCCUUUUCUGGCGUAAUGGGCUAUUCAACGCUGGUCCCGAAUCGGCCGGCGCCCAUCCGGGACCGGUGUGUUACCGCAAAGGGGGCAUGUUAGCUGUAACAGAUGCGAACCUUUUCCUCGGCAGGCUGUUACCAGAGUACUUUCCGAAGAUCUUCGGUCCGGGGGAGGACGAGCCCCUGGACGGAGCAGCGAGUGCCCGGGCAUUCGAGGCCCUUGCCCAGGAGAUCAGGAGGGAUACGAACCGGGAUAUGGGGCUGGACGAGAUCGUUUAUGGGUUUGUAAAGGUCGCAAACGAGACGAUGUGUAGGCCUAUUCGGGCGCUGACGGAAGCGAGGGGGUUCUCUACUGCGAAGCAUAUACUUGCGAGCUUUGGAGGUGCGGGAGGACAGCACGCGGUCGAGAUUGCAAGACUGUUAGGGAUGAAAAAGAUCUUGAUCCAUAAAUACAGUUCGAUCCUUUCCGCCUACGGCUUAGCUCUCGCAGACCGGAUCUACGAGCGGCAAGAACCUUCCUCCGUCACCUACUCCCCCUCAUCCCUAGUCCAGCUCAGGCAGCGAAUCGACACGCUCGAAGCCGACGUCCGAGCCGAGCUCUCCCGCCAAGGCUUCGCGGCCGAAAACAUCCUCACCGAGCCUUUCCUCAACAUGCGGUUCGACGGGACGGACACGGCGCUUAUGGUCCCUGCCCCGGCUGAUGGGAGCUGGGACUUUGAGCGCCGGUUCAAGGAGGAGUAUCGGCAGGAAUUCGGGUUCGUCCUGGAGGACAAGGGCGUCGUGGUCGAUGAUCUUAAAGUGCGUGGGACGGGGAAGACGUACACAUCUCUAGGGCCGAGCGUGCAUCAGGAGAUGAAGACCCUGCGCACGCGCUUAGUGGGAGAAGAGAAGAUCUCGAUGCAUACCAAGGUGUUCUUUGAGCAGACUGGGAGGGUGGAUACGCCUGUUUAUGAGCUGGACAAGCUGGAAGUUGGAGACCAGAUCAAGGGCCCGGCGAUGGUCAUCGAUAACACGCAGACUAUUGUGCUUGAUAGUGGCAGCAAGGCUACUGUCACGAGUGGACAUCUGUAUAUCGUUCUUGAGUAGAUGUUUACACGUCUGAGUACUCGUUGGCAAUAUGGAUGUAGCUAUACGCAAAUAGAACUUAGU